UUAACGCUUUAUCCCGCUUCUAACCUUGAAAAAUCACGCCUCCAUUUUGCUCCAUCCUUCUACUCUGUCGCUCACAGCUCAAAGGGGAAAUGGCCAAACCUCUACCCUCCGCUACCCUCCCGACACCAGCAGCUUGCUCCGCAAGUCCUCCACCAUCGCCGGAUUUUCAACCUCUGCGUCUCGAAGGCAUGUCGGAUAAAGGGGGAGAUGGUUAUGUAAAGCCAAGACAUGGUCAUUAUAAUGUGAUCAGGAAGAUAAGUAGCAACCUUAUUGUGAUUGGGAAAACAUCCAUUGAGAUUGAAAAAGAAGACGUUAACAAUGAUGCAGAUGAUGCUGAUAAUGCAGAAGAGUCUGAAGGAGAUGAGUUUGAACAGGAAACCGGUUGACUUUUUACUGUUUUCUUCACUGCAGAUAAUAUCAUAAUAGAAAUGAACUAUCUUUUACUAGUAUUAUGUAAAACUUGUCUGAUACUAAAAGAUUACAGCUCGAUUUGUAAGCUUGAAUAGGUCAAAAAAUAUAUAUGGACUAAUGCCAGAAAAACUGUGCCUACUAGCACA